GUCUGGUGGGGCUGCCGAGGCCUCGGCCUGACGUGCGCCACGCAGCGGAGGAAGGGCCAGCCCCGGCACGGCGGCGUCCUGGAGACCCCGGAGAGAUGGAAGCGGCGGCGCCGGCGGCCGGGGCGGCGGCCUGUGAGGAGCUCGAUAUGGAUGUGAUGAGGCCCUUAAUAAAUGAUCAGAGCUUUGAUGGCACCUCAGAUGAAGAGCAUGAACAGGAGCUGCUGCCUGUCCAGAAGCACUACCAGCUCCAUAACCAUGGUGGUAUUUCAUUUAUCCAAACUCUUAUGCAUCUUCUUAAAGGAAAUAUUGGCACCGGCCUUUUAGGACUCCCACUGGCAAUAAAAAAUGCAGGUGUAGUGCUUGGACCAAUCAGCCUUGUGUUUAUAGGAAUUAUUUCUGUUCACUGUAUGCACAUAUUGGUACGUUGCAGUCACUUUCUAUGUCAGAGGUUUAAGAAGUCUACUUUAGGCUACAGUGACACGGUGAGUCUCGCCAUGGAAGCAAGUCCUUGGAGUUACCUCCAGAAACAAGCUGCUUGGGGACGGAGUGUCGUUGACUUUUUUCUGGUGAUAACGCAGCUGGGAUUCUGCAGUGUUUAUAUUGUCUUCUUAGCUGAAAAUGUGAAACAAGUUCAUGAAGGAUUCCUGGAGAGUAAAGCAUUUGUUUUGAAUAGUACCAAUUCAUCCAGUGCCUGUGAGAGAAAAACUGUCGACCUAAGGAUAUAUAUGCUUUGCUUUCUUCCAUUUAUAAUUCUUUUGGUCUUCAUUCGAGAGCUAAAGAAUCUAUUUGUGCUCUCAUUCCUUGCCAACAUUUCUAUGGCUGUCAGUCUUGUGAUAAUCUAUCAAUAUGUUGUUAGGAACAUGCCAGAUCCCCACAAUCUUCCAAUAGUGGCUGGUUGGAAAAAAUACCCACUGUUUUUUGGUACUGCUGUAUUUGCUUUUGAAGGCAUAGGAGUGGUCCUUCCUCUGGAAAACCAGAUGAAAGAAUCCAAACGUUUUCCCCAGGCAUUGAAUAUUGGCAUGGCUAUUGUCACAGCUUUGUAUGUUACACUGGCUACUUUGGGAUAUAUGUGUUUUCGUGAUGAAAUCAAAGGCAGCAUAACUUUAAAUCUUCCCCAGGAUGUGUGGUUGUAUCAGUCAGUGAAAAUUCUAUAUUCCUUUGGCAUUUUUGUGACGUAUUCAAUUCAGUUCUAUGUUCCAGCAGAGAUUAUUAUCCCUGGAGUCACAUCCACAUUUCACACUAAGUGGAAGAAAAUCUGUGAAUUUGGGAUAAGAUCCUUCUUGGUUAGUAUUACUUGUGCAGGGGCCAUUCUCAUUCCUCGCUUGGACAUUGUGAUCUCCUUUGUGGGGGCUGUGAGCAGCAGCACGCUGGCCCUCAUCCUGCCGCCUCUUGUUGAAAUCCUCACAUUUUCAAAGGAGCAUUACAAUAUAUGGAUGGUCCUAAAAAAUUUGUCCAUAGCGUUCACUGGAGUGGUAGGCUUCUUAUUAGGUACAUAUGUAACUGUUGAGGAAAUUAUUUAUCCUACUCCCACAAUUAUAGCUGGAAAUUCACAAAGUCCCUCUCUUAAUUUGAGUUCAAUUUGCUUUACACCAGGUUUUAAGUAGUAUAGUCAAAGAAAUGAGUCUUCUACUCUUACCUCCACUCUGAAAAUCGAAGAACCAGUAAAAUGCGUUGCCCUGCAUUUCUAAAUAGUACCAAACACCUAUUUCAUAAGAGUAGCAAAUGGUGACAGAGUUGUGGUUUAUACAAUAGCUAUGCAUUCUUAAAAUUAGCUUUGCAACUAAAAAAAAUUAUAAAGUCUACAAAUUCAAAGAAUAAAAAUAUUCUUAAUUCCACAAGAAACACUGAAAGAUUUGGCUUUCUUCCCCAUAAUUUUCUUUUACCACCCAGUUGAAAAGCUGCAGGGGUUUAACAAUAGGGGAUUAAAUAAGGGCUUAGGUGUAUAUACAUACGCGUGUGUAUGUAUAGCACGUGUUUGUCCAGACCAUCCAGUGAACAGCAGAGUGAACUUGUUGUGUGAGGUAAUGGGUUAUGCAUCUCUAUGAUGACAGUGCGUGGGACUGGGCCUGCAGCAACAAACCAUGUUAUCCGUAUCAGAAAGCCCACAACCAGAAUUAUUUUUCUGCUAUACUGAAGCAGUAUGCAGUUUGGAUUCUAAUCAGGAAGCACUGAGCAAGAUCCUAGCUUGGUGUUUCGGUCAUGAUUGAGAGGACUUUUAAGGUUUCUCCACUACACAUCCCUUAUUUAUCACUGGAGGAAAUGGAGUCCCAGAAAGGUCAAGCAGCUGGAUUAGGACCGUUCACCCCAAUAUCAAGGAACCCUAUUUUCAAACUCUGAAGCUACAAUUUUUUCAUUUUCCAUAUUGUAUCCAAUAAUAAGAACAAAUUAUGCUUAGCUUAAUUUUAAUAUGGAAUCUAUUUAAUUACACAUUAUAACCUCACAAUGUAAAGAAAGGAGAGUAGUGGUGGACCCCAUGUUUUCCACGGGACAGCUUCUGGCAUUCAGCCCAGCCACCACACCGCCUCAGCUGCCCUGUGCUCCUUCCCUUUUUGGGGGUUGUAGGGACCAUCUUCCAUAAUGGCAGAAAGUAGAUGCUGUGACAAAACUGAGGAUUUGUGCGCUCCUUCCUGCCUUGGGACUUUCCUUAUCAGAGUCUCAUUGAUCUGCAUGUGCAGGGUACGAGCACUGUGAAAUGAAUGCUGAAGAAAAAUAGAAACAGCAAAACAUUCUCUAAUCAAAACUGGGACACUCCAGCAUCUUACAUCCAUCCUACAUUCAUCCUUGGCUUUCAAGUGCAUUUAUUAACCAGCACAGAAAUCUCAUUGGAUGGAGAAAAUGAAAAUUACUAAGUCUGAAACAUUAGAAUAGGAUUGUCUACAGAUUUUUUAAUUCACAGUUUAGAAUUUGACUUUUUAUUCAUCCUGGUAAUACUCUAAUGUGUAAUACCAUGAAAAUACCAUUAAGUUCACUGUAUAUAUCCUCUAUUUUUGUAUGUAAAUGUUAACUUAUUCAACUUUUUUUUGCUUACAUUAUUAACUCAUCAUCAGGUGUGAGCCUGAAGAUAUAUCAGAAGCUUUAUUUUGGUACAGAUUCAUAAGAAUCAAAACAUUUUUUAAAACAUCAACAUUAGGUAUUAACUGCCAUAUUUUAUAUCAAAUCUGUUACAUUGCAUCUGUAGUUACACUAAAAGAUGUGGAAAAGCUAAUCUUUAAACUUAACAGUAUAGUCUGGAAUCUAAGAAUAAACUAAAAGUUUUAAAAUUU